AUGACGUUGCCACGUGUUUGUCAGAAAGAGUUGUUGCAGAAAUUGACCGAGUUGGGCAUUGCAUAUGAUAAAAUUGAGCAUCCUGAGGUCUUUACAGUUGAACAGGCUCUACCUCAUGUUGCCCAUCUUGAAGGGAUUUUUGCUAAAAAUCUCUUCCUAAAAGAUAAAAAGAAACAAUUCUAUUUGUUUUGUGCACCUCAUGAUUGUGAUGUUAAGCUCAAUGAUCUGUCAAAACUUGUCAAAGCUUCUGGUGGGCUCCGUUUUGCUGAUGAGUCUGUCUUGUUUGAGAAGUUGGGACUGACUCAGGGCUCAGUCACUGUGUUUGGCCUCUUGAAUGACACUGAACACAGUGUAAAACUAGUACUGGAUGACCGUUUCACCAAUAACACUUAUACCAAAAUUUAUUUUCACCCAAUGGUCAACACAUCAAGCAUUGGUAUCACUCCACAAGGUCUAAUGACAUUUUUAAAGUCAACAGGACAUGAACCUCUCAAGAUAAAUCUAAUGGAGUAA